UCCACUCCCUCUUUCUCCUCGCCUGCCUGUCCCUCCACCCCACCCGCAACCCACCCGGGUUGAAAGUUCAGGAUGUGAUGUUAUCCCUGUCUGCGGACGCCAAGACGUCGCCGGGGGCCACUCUGCGAGGCCACGUGCUUGUCCCCCUGGAAGAGGAAGAGAUCCCCGCGCCGGGUUCUGUUCCACUGCUCUAAGCCGGCGAUGCCCGCUUCCCCACAGGCUGCCCCUCAUUAGCAUGAGCGGGGGUGGGGGUGCGGAGCGGGGCUGGGGGAGAGAAAGGCAGCCAAAGCCCGGCUCUGUUUUCGAGCCUUGGAGCCCUGUCCACGAAAAUGACAGCUAGAGCCUUCUGGCUGCUCUGCUUGAUCGUGGGAUCCUCCCCCGCAGCCCCGGUGGCGGAGAGAAAAGGUAAGAUCGCCGAAAUUGGACCGGCUUCAGAGGCAUUUACCCCAAAUAUCGGACCAUCUUCCCCGGGGCAACAGACGGUGGUGUCAGUGGGGAAGCAGAGGGCAACAGUUGAAGGGCAGGAACUGGAUCGCCUCCAGCACUUCGCUCAGCUGCGGGAGGUACACCCUUCACCACAGCGAGAUGCCGCGGCUUUGCCAGAACAUGAACUCCAGCCAGCUAUUACUGAAGGGUGGACGCUGAUUUCAAAGGAGAUUAUCGAUUUGCCCGGAGAGACACCACCCGCUGGAUGCGAGGGGCCCUGGACCUUUGGGGUGCUUUGUGUUUGCUCGGUCCACGGGACAGUGAGAGGAAGUCAGUGUGACGCUGUUCUCCAAACCUGUGUUUUGAAAGCAGCCGUGAACGGAAUCGUGCACGACGUGGACGAGCUUGGCGCCGGGAUCCGGCUGGUGAGCCUGCUGGUGGACCGGGCCGGGCUGUACAAGAUGAGCCGCCUCUACAUCACUCCCGACGGCUUCUUCUUCCGAGUCCACCUACUGGCCCUGGACUCCUCCAGCUGCAGUAAGCCCUGUCCAGAGUUUAAACCCGGCAGCAGGUACAUUGUGAUGGGUCACAUCUACCACAAGAGACGCCAGCUCCCCACAGCUCUGCUCCAGGUCCUGAGAGGGCGCCUGCGUCCAGGAGACGGACUGGUCAGGAGCAGCAGCAGCUAUGUCAAAAGGUUUAACAGGAAAAGGGACCGGCAGGUUCAAGGUGCAGUUCACACCCAGUGCGCCUGAAACACUCCGUCCUGGCACGGAAGGAUCGCAAGACUUGGAAUUCAGCGAUAAGACCAGAAGGGUUUAUACUCAUGUAAUGGGGUCUUCCUUUAAAACUGGGCUCACAGCUCCGUUAUGAACAACCUGUACAGUUCCAACUCUAAUCUCGAUGUCACUUUUUUUGAAUCUACAAGAUGCUUCUUAAAUGGCAUGUUCCUGAGCUCAGUGGCAGUUACUGAACUGUACUGCCUGGCAGAGUGACUCACGCAGCUCAGAUCACUUGACCUGUCCAGUGAACAGAUCACUGCUUCACGUUAAAUUUUUAAAUUAUUUUAAUUUAACACAUUCUUCAGUAGAGAGUUCACAAAAAUUUUUGAGUUUAAAUAUACAACUUUGAAUAGUUUAUAUCAGGAUCAAACCACACUUUAUAUUUAAACCAUCACAUUUUAAAUUCUGUACAUAAUAAGCACACUAGUCAAAAGAUAUUUACAUAAGAAAUAUCAUUUAGACCAAACACUAAGGUCAGUGCCCAGGACAACUAUUAAAAAUUUACAUUUAAAGAGUACCAAAGGGCUUAAUUCAAGCAAAAGAUUUUUCAAAGUGUUCCUGAUGUACCAAAAUGUAAGAUAUUUUCAUACUUUCCUGCUUCUAAUAACUUGUGUUUUGUGUCAACCUAGCAGUGUAUUUCAAUGCUAAACAUACUGUGGGUGUAUCUGAUGUCAUUUUUCUAUUAAGACCAAGUAUCAUGUUU